AUGCGGCCUCACACAAUUUGGCAGUCACUGGGUCAGAUACAGCGUUUAUCUUCUGGUCGCAAUCUCGGUCGCCGAUUUAUCCAGAAUGCCAGCUCCACACGGGUCCCCAACUUCGCGUUCGCCUUUGAUAUUGAUGGAGUCCUUCUUCGAGCCUCAAAGCCUAUACCUGGUGCAGCUGAGACAUUGGCUCUUUUGAAACGGCAGAACAUUCCCUUCAUCCUUCUCACCAACGGCGGCGGUAAACACGAGACGGAGCGCGUUGCGGAGAUCAGUCAAAAGCUCAACGUUCCACUGGAUGCAACCGAUAUUGUUCAGAGUCACUCGCCAUUUGCAGAGCUGGUCAAGGGCACCGACGAGACGAGUGCGCUGGAACAUAAAUGCGUCUUGGUUGCUGGGGGUGAUGGUGAUGGCUGUCGGCGUGUCGCCGAGCAAUACGGUUUCAAGAAUGUUGUGACACCAGGUGAUAUUUUCAUGGCAAACCCAUCUAUCUGGCCAUUCUCGAAGAACUUCUACGACUACUAUAAGACCUUCGCCAGGCCUCUUCCCAAGCCAGUGGACCCCAGAGACCCAGCCAAGAGUCUCAAGAUUGAUGCCAUGUUUGUUUUCAAUGACCCCAGGGACUGGGCACUAGAUACACAAGUCAUCAUGGAUCUUCUCCUGUCAUCGCAGGGUCACCUGGGUACCUUAUCAGACAAGAAUGGUCGGGCUGAUCUUCCCAAUCACGGCUAUCAACAAGAUGGCCAGCCCCACCUAUACUUCUCUAACCCCGAUCUGUGGUGGGCUGCGGCCUAUCCACUCCCGCGUCUUGGUCAGGGUGGAUUUAGAGAAGCGUUAGGGGGCGUAUGGGCUGCGACGACCGGAGGCCCCGGCAAAGGCAUCGAAUUGAAGAAAUCCGUUAUUGGGAAGCCUUACCAGGGGACCUACGAGUUUGCAGAGCGACAAAUGCUUCGGAACCGAUCAACGGCUUUUGGCGGCGCUACAAAUCUGCCGCACCUACAGCACGUGUACAUGAUUGGUGACAACCCGGAGUCCGAUAUUCGAGGCGCAAACUCAUACCGGAGCAACAUCGGCAGUAGCUGGCAGUCAAUUCUGGUGAGAACGGGCGUGUACAGUGGUGGCGAGCCUGCUUGGACGCCUAAGACGAUCGCCGAUGACGUCCAGAAGGCAGUGCAGUGGGCACUGGAGGCAUCCAAAUGGUCUGCUUGA